CCGUAUCAAUACUGUUUUCAAAAAAUAACCAGUUAAAGAGAGUCACAUGAUCGAAAGUAGCAAAAACAUAAAAUCAAAUCCUACUAAAAAAUGGGACAAAGAAAUGGUUUUCUUUGCCAUUAAAUAGAUAAUCCUAAUACAUCUACGACCAACAAAUCUAAUCUCAAAUUGCACAAAAGCACUACGUAAAGCUAAGAUUUCAGCCAACAAUGCCCUACCCCCGAGCAUCAACUAUAUGUCCACCCCACACAUUGUCCAAAAUCACUUGUGCAUCCACUGCAAAAAUCAUGAACACCAUCACCCUCAUAAAGCACCAUCUAAUCACAUCUAACACGAUUAACAUCCACAAUAAAUAAAUAAAUUAGAGAUCCCCGAAUAUAGAGUGGUUGAAGCCUUUCCACCACGCAUAUUGGAUCCUGCAAAAUCCAUCCACCGACUCUAUGGGACUUACUACACGUAGCACCAUCUAUGAGCCUCACCAACCCGCAUAACAGGGGAGAACCACUAGCACUAUGGUUGGCUGCACCCAUGCCCCUAAAGACCACGAUGAACAAAAGCAGUUGCUAUCUCAUGUGCAAUAUCCCAAUCUGCAACCUAAAAGUGAAAUUGAGCAACCAAAACGGAAAUAGUGUAUUGUGUGAAGUAAAAAAUGACCCAAUUCGAGGACGCUAAAUUCUCCAGAACACUGCAACCACCCCCAAUUGCUUCCCAUGAUACACAUUCUAUCUCAAUCUCUCUCACACACACUCAAUAUCUUAUCAAACCAAGCUAACUGUGCAUUUUGAAUGAAAAACAUGGACGACAAGAUAGAGGAGAGUGUUUUAUUAUAUAGUUAUAUGUACUUGACAAUUUUUUACUUAUUAAACAUUUACGAUCAUUUUGUUACUACAUCAAAUCUAUAUGGCCACUUAAAUAAAUUAUCAAAAAUUCAGUGAGUAAUUUGUAUUAGUAUAUCAAACAAAAAAGUAAUAUGAGUUGAGUCUUCAAUUAUCAUAGCCAGUAACUUCCGGCUAUCGUGCAUAUCACGUUACUUGUAAUUAGUAGUUGCUGCUCCUAUUUCUGAGUAGUAGUGCUCCUUAUUUUUAGCUGAGAUAGUUAACAACCCUACAUAUAUAUCAGUUCGCACUUUCAAUGAGAAUGAGAAUCUCAACUCCUUCCCCUCUCAACAUUUCCCUCUAAUUCCAUAGAACGGCCAUGGAAGCAGAAGAUGCACCAGCUUCCGAGCUGGCUCUCGCCGACACCAACAUUCACUGGGACAGGCUGGACAAGACGAGGUUCCACGUGAUCGGAGCCGUGCUGCUCACCGCGCAGCAAGCAUUGCUCCAUCCGACGGCGGUGGUGAAGACGAGAAUGCAAGUGGCCGAAGCCGGGAGAGGGUUUUCCGUGUUCAAGAGCAUACUAAGGAGCGAUGGAAUUGCAGGGAUUUACAGAGGUUUCGGGACUUCUGCAAUUGGAUCGCUGCCGGGCAGGGCUUUGGCACUGACGUCGCUAGAAGUCUCCAAGGACGUGACACUGAAGUACCUGGAGAAAUUCGACAUGCCGGAGGCAACCAGGCUUGGAAUUGCAAAUGGAGUUGCGGGGAUGGUGUCGAAUCUGGUUUCUUGUGGCUACUACGUGCCUCUGUAUGUGGUGCGACAGAGACUAAUGGUGCAAGGGCUUCCAGGUACAACAGUGUGUUACGGGCCAUUCGACGCCAUCUACAAGGUGAUCAAAUCCGAAGGGUUUCGAGGUUUGUAUAGAGGUUUCGGACUAACAGCAUUGACACAAUCCCCAUCUACUGCUCUCUGCUGGGGUGUUUAUGGCGCUUCACAACACCUUAUCUGGAGGGGCUUGGGCUAUGGAGAUGAAUUAACAUCGAAGGUGGAGAAACCGUCUCAUGUUGAGAUGAUUGCAGUUCAGUCGGCAGCAGGGAUGGUAGCAGGUGCUUGUUCGUCGGUGAUCACUACCCCAGUGGACCUGUCAAGACGAGACUCCAGGUAAUUAUCAGACACAUGGUGGGUUUUUUUUUAUCGUUUGGUUUCUUGUAAAUGUGCAAACUGUUAGUGUUGUAGUAUCUACACAUAAUAUAAUACGUCGAAGGGAAAAACGGGAGCCCCAUUUCAAAUUUCCUGAAACGAGAGUGAAAGUAGGAAGGACAUUUUGGUCUUCACAAUUACUUUUUUUUUAUUCAUUAAAAAGACACGUACUGGGAUUCAAACCAUGACCAUUUUAAAGAAAAACAAGGAUAAUAACCAAUCACACUAUGCACAUUUGUUGUAUCUUUUUAAAUUAGAAACAUAUAAUAGCAGGGAGGAAAAAACCCUUUCCCCAUUUCAAAUUCCCUGCUCCAUGAGCGUUUGUAGGAAGGGUAGAAUAGGGAGUGUCAAUUUUUUUUCUCUUUCCUCUGUGGAACGGGCCAACUUACCGUACACAUGUGAAUUUAAAUGGGCCCAUGAGUGUCAAUUUUUUUUUCUUUAAGCCCUUUUAUUUCUCCGUGGUGACAAAAUAUAUAUGAAAAGGUAAAAAUAAUACUCCUUUUUAUUGUUAAAAAUAAAACAUUUAACAAUAAACUAAUGCAUGGUAUCUAAUGGGCUAACCGCCAACCAUAAAAUAAAAGAGUUGAAUGUGCCUGACCUACAUGAGAUUUGGCCAUCAAGUAAAAUAAAUGAACAUCAUUGGUUUGUCAUUCUAAAAUAAACUAAUUUCUCUGACAUAAUAUAUAUUAUGCUAUUAUUUUAUAUCUUAGUGGCUAAAAUAUAAUGUAUUUUAAAGUUAUUCAAUGGUUCAACCUCGACCAACACAAUUAGUCCAAUUUUUAUCAUUUCAAAUAUAUAUUUUAUAAUUAUUUGAUAUCAUAAUGAUCAAAUUAUAGUGUAUUUUAUAGGGAAUCGUUUGGUAUUUGUUAGUAAAAAAUUAAACAUAAAGAUCUAUUUGGUUAUUUUAAACAUUAUAACGAUUCUAAACAUUUUCAGUUCCUUUUGAAUUUUUAUGGUUUUAUUCCCGAAUGAGUGAUGUGCAAAUGGCGAAUUGUAGUCGUCUCUUUUCUUUCACUAUUUUUUAUUUUCAAAUAGAAAGUUUAAAAGUAAAGAAUAAUUAGAAUUUGGCAUGGGUCGUCAAACAGGCUGAAUUUCAAGUUUUGGCCCGUUUGUUUUAUGCAUUGCAAAUUUAUUAGCAUUUUGAUGGAAAUGGCUUGGAAAAAAGACAUAUAAGUUGUACCUUUGCAGAAAUGUCCUCAAAUGUUUUAAUGGUUUGUGAAUCAAGUUCCGUGACUUUUGUGAUGGUGUAUGUGCUUGACAAUUGCUCGAUGUUGUAAUUGCUUAAUUUGAGAGUAAAUCUUUUGAUUUUCCCUAUGAGUUGUGAUACCAGUUCUGGUGGUUGCAGCAUGUUGUCGUUGUUAGCCUGUAAAAGUUGUUCCGCCGUGGUGCUAAAUACCUUUCUUUCUUUUUUAACAAAUUGUGUAGUAGUGCUAUGAAACAGACCACCCAUGAACGCUACGCUUAUUAUAGUCUGUUCUUACUUCCGGUGGUGAGAAAUUGUGAAUUGAGAAUCAUAUUCGCCUACCGCACUGUGUCUGGCUGGUGGCUGCUUACUGUGCUCUCUAGAGUUAUGAAACAGACUACCCAUGAACGUUUUCCUUAAGAGUCCAUAACUUUUGCGAAAAACCAAAUUUAGGCAAUCAAAGGUGGUGGAUGUGUGAUGAUUUUUUAUGGCUUAAUUGUUUGUGAAUUGGAUAUCUGAUCUUUGUAUGAUUGGAGGGGAUGUUUGCUUAAUAGAAUAAUCCAUUUUAA